AUGGAUCAAGGAGAUGCAAAAUCAGAAUCCGUGAUAGAAGACGAAGAAGUCGCGGCAUUUGUCAAAGAAGCCGUCGAAAGAAGCGGAAAAAAUCCAGUUUCACUAUUCAACGAGCUAGUGGUGCAGUUCAACAAAACUCCACCGCAAUACGAAUUUUACAAUCGAAAUUGUCCGAAUGACAAGGUGCACAAAAAUCAAUUCAUUUGUAUCACAAUGAUAAAUGACACGCGAAUUGAGGGACGCAUUUUGCCGCAAAAGAAGCUCGCCAAAGUUUCAUGCGCUUUAAGAGGUCUUGAGGUGAUUUUGAAUUAUUUGAAUAUGCAAGUCGAGCAGAAAAUUGAUUUCGGCUUGCCAACGACAAUCCAUGAGCUUUUUCGCCUACACACAUACGCGAAAUUCUAUGAACUCAGUCGAGACAAUAUGAAUGCGUUUGGACUCGAAAAAGUGAUCGCGUCGGUUUUCAUAAAGGCCAACAAUCAAUUUCGAAUCAUCUCAUUGGCGACGGGCAACAAAUGUUUGAUUGGUGAGAAUAUUCGAACGGACGGGAAGGCAUUGAACGAUUGUCACGCCGAGAUUCUCGCGCGAAGGGGAUUGAUGCGAUUCUUCUAUUCGGAAAUCGCCAAAUUCCUAUUGGACCCCAAUAAAUCAAUUUUCGAGAAGGGUCGACAAGGUAGACGCUUCAAUCUCCGCCCGGGAAUCACAUUCCAUUUGUUCAUCAAUACGGCACCGUGUGGAUCCGGACGAAUAUCGAAAAAAGUGAAUAUGAAUGACGAGCGCGAUGUGGUGAACGCGAGACGCCUUCGCUUCAAACUCGACAGAGGAAUGGGCGCGGUUCUCGGCGACGAUGUGGAGUUCAAUGAUCCGCAAACGUUUGACGGGAUUCUCGCCGGCGAGCGCCUUCGAACAAUGUCGUGCUCGGACAAAUUGAUGCGAAGCAGCGUGCUCGGCGUUCAAGGAGCCCUAUUGAGCCAUUUCGUGAAUCCGAUUUAUUAUACGUCUAUAAGUGUCGCCGAGUUGAACAAUGUGGAACGAUUGACGACGGCAAUUUUCGCGCGUGUCGCUUCGUUCAAUCCGCCCCAACCAUUUAUGGUGAAACCGGUGGUGAUUGGACAGUGUCAGACGGAGGAUGUCGAGAGGGCGUCGACGGCGAAGAACUCGAAUCAGUCGUCGAAUUGGAAUAUUGCCGAUGGCGUUGUUGAAUUGGUGCGAACUAGCGAUGGAAUGGUGCACACGAGGAAUUCGAUGGACGGCACUGAGGACGUCGACGCGUCGCGAUUGUCGAAAUACGAGAUGGCGAAUUUAUUGAAGAAGAUUUUGAAAUUAUCGCGGACGCCAAUUGCGCGCGAAUUGAGCUACGAGCAACUCAAAUGCGGUGUUGAGCAUUAUCAAAUUGCGAAACAAUCGCUUCUUGAUUAUUUGCGGGCAAAAGGAAUGGGAGACUGGCAGAAGAAGCCCGCCGAAAUGGAAAUGUUCAAUGUUUUUUGA